CGAAUCUCCAUCGCCACCAAGACAGAGGUAGAAACGCAUAAGGAGGAAGGAAAUUAAGCAUGGCUCUGAUCACAGAAGAGAUGAAAUCCAAAGCCGAAGUCUACCAUGGAGAUGAAAUCGGCCAAGAAAAGUCCAAGUUCCUUCUCACAGAGAUGGGGCUGCCCAAUGGGCUGCUGCCAUUGAAGGACAUCAUAGAGGUGGGCUACGUUGCGGAAACUGGGUUUGCAUGGCUGAAGCAGAAGAAGAAGAUCGAGCACAAGUUUCAGAAGAUUGGAAAGCUGGUUUCUUAUGGCACUGAGGUGACCGCCAUUGUUGAGCCAGGCAAGAUCAGGAAGCUCACCGGCGUCAAGGCCAAGGAGCUCCUCCUCUGGCUCACCCUCACUGACAUCUACCUUAACCAGCCGCCCACCGGAAAGAUCACUUUCCAGUCCACCACCGGCCUCUCCAGGUCCUUUCCGGCGGACGCUUUUGUGGCGGAAGAGCCGGCUAAGGUGGUGAAGGAGCCUAAUAAUGCUGUUGCAGAAGCUGUUGCUGCUGCCCAGGAUGUGAAUGAAGUUUGAACUCAUAUAUAUAUAUAUAUAUAUAUUAUGAGUUAAAAUUUUAGUGUUUCUUAGAGUUUGAUCCAUUUUCUUUGAGUUUCUCUGGGGAUUCUUCUCAUGAAAUGAUGAUCAAUCUCACUUGGGUGGCUUAAGUUUGUUCCAACACAAGCAGCAUUUGGUUUGGAUUAUUUUUGCUAUUAGCCCAUUAAUAAAUAAUCAAGCGGGGUUGAAUAACUCACAAAUUAGGGAUUUAAA